AUGAGCAAACUUCUAGCGACGGUAAAUUGCGACAUGGGGGAGGGUUUUGCUCUAUACAAGAUCGGUGACGACGAAUCGUUGAUGAAGACAAUUCAUCUCGCUAACGUGGCCUGUGGAUUUCACGCGUCUGACUUCUCAAUCAUGAAUGAGACUGUACGACUCGCCAAAGAGAACAACGUCCGGGUUGGAGCCCACCCAUCUCUUCCUGACCGACAAGGUUGGGGGAGACGUGAAAUGUCCAUGGAGCCCGACGAACUCGCAUCAUGCUUUAUUUACCAAGUCGGUGCUUUGACCGGUUUUCUGUCCCUCCACAACCUCUCGCUCAACCAUAUCAAGCCUCACGGCGCUGUGUACGGCAUGACCGCACGCGACAUGUCGCUUGCGCGUGCCGUGCUCGGCGUCGCGAAGCUGUACAACGUCCCGUUCAUGGGGCUGGCGGGUACAUGCCAUCAGACCGCCGCGAAAGAGCUGAGUGUGCCAUUCAUUGCCGAAUGGUUCGCCGAUCUCGAAUACAGCGACGAAGGCAAGCUGCUCAUAACCAAGAAGCAUGACCCCGUCCCGCUCUCCGUGGUCAAGGCUCGAGUCAGCCGACUCUUGUCCGACAAACAGAUCACAACUCUCGGCGGCAGUGUUCCUCUGCCAGAAGGGGUUUCCGAGGUCUCCAUCUGCUGUCACUCCGAUACCCCGGGCGCGGUCGAGAUUGCACACGCGGUCAAGGCGCUCGUGGACUGGAACAACGAACAAGUGUAA